UCUUAUUUCACUUUCAUUCUGUCGCAGCUCCCCCACUUUCUCUCCUCCAGAUCUGCUCUAAAAAAAUUCAGUCGGAAAAGAUGGGCCGUGGAGUUAGCUGUGGUGGUGGGCAGAGCUCAUUGGGCUAUCUGUUUGGGAGUGGAGAUGCUCCAAAACCAGCCGCAAACAAUUCUCAAGCUGCUUCAACUGAAGCACCAGCUGUCUCGAAACCUGUUCCUGCUGCUCCUGCUCCUGCGGCUGAACCAGCAGAUAAAGCCAAACAGAUUCCUGCUGGUAUUAACAGUACCUCCUCGAACAAUUAUCUCCGUGCUGAUGGUCAGAACACUGGCAAUUUCAUUACGGAUCGACCUUCGACCAAGGUUCAUGCAGCCCCUGGGGGUGGGUCGUCUCUGAACUACCUCUUCGGUGGGGGACCCGGUGAUAGUAAAUGAGAUGGUGCCUUCAUAUCUCUCGAUAAGUGGGGUAUUGUUUGUUGAUUCUCGGGGGAAGCCAUAGGUUCUAAAUGAUGCUGUUUUCGGAUCUUUUAAUACAAGCAGCGGAAACUUGCUGCGGUUGCUUGUGUAAUA